ACAGCCGCGGACCCGGCGGCAGAGGCGCGGGCGGGUUCAGGCCCGGAGCUAGGCGGCCCGCGCGGUCGCACCAUGGAUUCGAGCACCGAGGAAUACGAGCUCAACGGCGACCUGCGCCCGGGCUCGCCCGGCUCCCCCGAUGCCUCGCCGCCGCGAUGGGGCCGGAGGAACCAGCCCAUCAACAUGAACCAUUACGCCAACAAGAAGAGCGCAGCCGAGAGCAUGCUGGACAUUGCGCUGCUGAUGGCCAAUGCGUCCCAGCUGAAGGCCGUGGUGGAGCAGGGCCCCAGCUUUGCCUUCUUCGUGCCCCUGGUGGUCCUCAUCUCCAUCUCCCUGGCUCUGCAGAUCAGCGUGGGCGUGCUGCUCAUCUUCCUCGUCAAGUACGACCUUAACAAUCCGGCCAAGCACGCCAAGCUGGACUUCCUCAACAACCUAGCCACGGGCCUGGUGUUCAUCAUCGUGGUGGUCAACAUCUUCAUCACGGCCUUUGGGGUCCAGAAACCCGUGAUGGACGUGGCACCCCGGCAGUAGGGCAGCCAGAACCCUGAAUGGCAACUGCCCCACAGCCUGGCUGCCCAGAGCCCAGGAGCCACCGUGCCCUGAGAUGUCCACCACUGUGUGGAGCACUCCCCAGACCUGCCAGAGCCCAGGCUGCUCUCGACUAGUCUGUGUCCUGGGACGAGCCUCUGUUCUGACUGUGACUGCCCCAUAGAAGGCUACUCUUGUCAUGUGGGGCCUGGAUGUAAGGCCCAGAAGGUCAGAACUGGACAGUCCCACAGACAUGCAGCAGGUCCGUGGAUGGGCCGGAUGGAGGGGCCAGCAGUGGCCUCUAUCUCAGGACAUUCGCGAAAGACAAGGCGAUUCCCCUCCCUUUGCUGAUGCACCAGCAGACCUAUUUCCCAUGGGGCCUUGCCAGGUGGCUCUGGUGACUGCUGCCUCAUCCAUUUCCUAACUGGGGACACUGGAUAGCCAGCACCACCUGUUGGCCUUAGUGGUGGCCACUGCUCUGGCUUCAGUGCCUGGGCUUAGUGGCCAUCAAAAGGCGGCUGUGCCUGUGUGGGCCAUCACCCUCCCCGUGCCCUCCAACCAGCAGUGGCCCUGCAAAGCCCAGCCCCUCCUCAGGGGUCCAAACCCCACUUUUCUAAUCAGGAAUGAUUAAUAAAGCUUGUGCUUCUCCCUGCUGGGCUCCGUGCACCAUCCUCCCCCUCCUGGGGUGGGACCCUGCCACGGCCCCCUCUCCUUGCAGGGGCCUGGGAGCACUGAGUUUCAGCCAGGGCUGCCUUCCCCAGAACGCUGGGUUUGGGGAGCUCUUUGGCUCCCAUCUCGACUCAGGGUGAGAUUUAGAGGCAGAGAGGCCAGGGUUUGAAGCUCCAAGGCCUUGCUUGCCUUCAUUUCUUUGUGCACAGGCAAAAUCCCCAGGAAGUUUGCAAGAAUAAAGAAUCCCCUUACACACUUGUGAACAUUUUGCCAAGUGUGUCCUUAGCUGUCCCAGAACCUGCACCUCCACAGCCUUUGUGACCCACCCACACUGGGUACCUACUAUGUGGCAGAGGGUGGGCUGGCCUCCAGGGUGUGGGGCCUGAGUGCCAUAGGUCCUGGGGUCCCAGCAGCUUGAUGUACUUGGACUGCCGAGUGCUUCUGUGCAAAGUGGUAGAGAUGGGACCUUUGCUGACCUACCAGAGCUGUCCCAUCAGCUCUGAUGUGUGGGACAAGUGCACACUACCCUGUCCCCAUGCCCAGGGACCCUGCUCUGUCAUUUGUAGCAACAUAAGAUAAAAAAAAAACCUUGCCUGGAUCCCACAUGGCCUGUGCCACCUCAUCUGAGCUCAGAGCGGGUGCUUGAACUCUCCCAGGCCCUGCGAUGGCCCUCAGUCUUGCUCAGGUGAAGUGUUUCUAAGACCACGGGGUCGGGGACUGGAGGGUGGUUUCAUCAGGAUUGUCCCAAAGUGUUUUUUAACUUGGGGACUCUGGUGCUGGAUGACGGCUGCCCUCCCCAGGGAGUGGGGGAGGGGCAGCCUGUGUAAUGAGUAUGGGGAACUAACUGUCAUCUAUGGCCUGGGCAGGGGCCCCUCAUGGAAUUCCAGCACUCUCUCCAUUUAAUGCAUGUCUGUGCUGUGCCAGCCCACUUUCUGCUGUUCCAAGUCUAUUGGUACUUCCCCACAGUGGUGUCCAGCACUGCCCUGGUCAGCAGGGAUAUCCUCUUUGGGAGGAGACAAGCUAGGAUCCUGUCCUAGACUGGAGCCUCCUGCCUGGUAGAAUCCCUUACCCAGCAGAAACUGGCUCCUAGCCCUUGUUCUCUUUUUCCAGGUCCCCAGCCCUUCACUCACCACCCCCAGCACCCCACUGUAUCUCCCAGCCCCUCUGCCCCCCACCUCCCUCUGGCAUUGCCCCUGCACCCUGCUACGGGAUACCCCGUCAUGAUUCCCUCCAGAUGAGACACCUGGGCCUCUCUCACCAGCCUCUGUCCUCUCCUCCAAGCAGCCUCCCCAAGACACAGGGUGGGGGCAAGAGCCUCUCCCAACGCCCCCACUCCCCAUUCUUUCCUUGUCCAUCUGCGUGUCAAACCUGGAGUGACUCUAGCACCUGGUGCCUUAACCCGGUCACAUAAGCCCCCAGCAGUCUCAGGUGUGAUUGACCAAUCAGGUCCCGAAAUGACUGACAAGUGAAAGUGCUUAUGGCUAAAAUGGUCUGAAUCUGGGCUUGGCUUUAAAAUACUCCCGGGGACCCAAAGUAGAGGAAAUGGACGGAACCCGAUGGAUUUGUGCUGACAUCUGUAGACCCGGGGGCUCAGACACUGCCCUUUCUGCUUUUGUUAAUGUCUGUCCUAUAAAGAGAGUUUUUAAAGGUA